GGAAUAAAUUACAUUUUAUAUAUUCAAAUAGAAAGCGGUUUUGUUGUAUUUUGGAUCAAAUAAAUGCAGGUUUGGUGGGCAGAAGAGACUUGUUUAAAAACAUUAAAAAACUUACUGUUCAAAAACUUUUGACUGGUAGUGUACAAUAGCAAAAUAGUAUGGCUAGUACACAUUUACAGUGACACUUUUGAGUGCUGGCGCAGUAGUUGCCAUGUGUUCCACUAGACUAGUCUUCAUUGUACUUCGAGAGAAAGUGGGAGCGCAUGCACAGCAGCACACGCAGUUGGAAGUCGAGUGCGCUCCCGAGGAGAGGAGAGGAGAAAAGAAAAGCAGGGAGCUGCGUAAAGUGACCAGUGGAGCUGAUAAGGCGUUUGGCACUAUACCGGGGAAGCGCAUAAUGGAGCCUCCAACAGUGACUGUCAGUGAUUUUACCGAGCACUAUCCUUUAAUUCAGCAAAACUCGAGUUUUAUGGAGGAACCAGCGGGACUUCUGUCCAACUGGAGCGGAGGCAACGAGCCGAAGGCGGUGAAAGGCAGCACGGCGGUCGCUAUCGCUGUGUGCAUCACCGCGCUGUACUCUGUCAUCUGUGUGGUGGGACUGUUUGGAAAUAUUCUCGUUAUGUACGGUGUGGUCAGGUACACAAAGAUGAAGACAGCUACCAACAUUUACAUCUUUAACCUGGCUUUAGCCGAUGCAUUAGCCACCAGUACUUUACCCUUCCAGAGUGCCAAAUACCUCAUGAGCACCUGGCCAUUCGGAGAGCUGCUGUGUAAACUGAUCAUUGCUAUUGACUACUACAACAUGUUUACCAGUAUUUUCACACUGACGAUGAUGAGUGUAGACCGUUACAUUGCCGUGUGCCAUCCGGUGAGAGCCCUGGAUUUCCGCACACCCGUCAAAGCAAAGAUCAUCAACAUCUGCAUAUGGAUUCUCUCCUCUGCUGUCGGCUUCCCAGUCAUGGUUAUGGCCGUUACUAAAGUGACAGAAACAGGCAAAACAGUCUGCAUGUUAAAAUUUCCUGACCCAGACUGGUACUGGGAUACUGUGACCAAGAUCUGUGUUUUCAUUUUCGCCUUCGUGGUUCCCGUCUUGGUCAUCACCAUCUGUUACGGCCUGAUGAUUCUUCGCCUCAAGAGUGUGCGCUUGCUGUCCGGCUCCAAAGAGAAGGACAGGAACCUCCGACGGAUCACCCGCAUGGUUUUGGUGGUGGUGGCGGCCUUCAUCAUCUGCUGGACCCCCAUCCAUAUCUUCAUCAUCAUCAAAACCGUGGUGGAGAUCAACCAGAAGAAUCUGCUCGUGGUCGCCUGCUGGCAUCUGUGUAUUGCUCUGGGCUACAUGAACAGCAGCCUCAACCCGGUCCUGUACGCGUUUCUGGAUGAGAACUUCAAAAGGUGCUUCAGAGAAUUCUGUUUGCCCUUUCGUUCCCGCAUGGAGCAGAGCAGCUUUUCCAGAGCCCGUAGCGGCACAAGAGAGCCCAUCUCGGUGUGCGCCAAGUCUGAAUCCAUAAAGCAGCCCACAUGACUAGACCUGGAGCAGAUACCUCCUGCCACACAACCAGGGACACAGAAAGAUCUGCAGUCUGAGGUCACCCAGAUCUCUACCACUGAGUUUUAAGCUCCUUUGAGGUAAAUACAACUUGACAAGUCCAUAUACUAAAGGCAAAACCUAAUUUUUUUAUACCUUUCUUAACUUCACUGAGUGAAGUUAGUCUGCAGAAUUUUCCUAAGUGAGAAAAUUAGAUGAUUUGGACCAUCAAGAUUAUAAUCAUGCUUUGGAAAAGACAUUAAAAAUGCGGUCUUAAAUGGUCAGGAAAUCUACAUUCAUUAGUGGUAUAUGAGCCAUCCAAAUGGAUUCCCAUAGUCAGAUUUUUAAAUUAAAGUGAAUGCAUUUCCUUGGGAACUUUGGGAACUAAAACACAAGCAGCUAAACAAGGCACUGAACACACAAAUUCAGUUUCUCAAAACAACAAAACAAGCUGUAAGAUUUUCAUUCAAAGAGACAAGCUGUCAUUUCACAGAACAAUGAAAAUCUACAGUGGUCUUUCCCACUCCACAAUAAAAGGAUUUCAUUAAACUUGAGGAUAAAGCUACUGUCGGAUACAGAGACUGGACCAAAAUCUUCAUAUUAGCAUGGAUGACAGGGUUACUUUCCUCUGUUAAAACACACUGUUAUAUAAACUUGACACAUUAUUCAUGUCAUGGUGCUUAAUAAGGUGUAAUCUUGUAAAUGUUUGCUAGUAGUGAAGAUGUUUGAUGACCUUUGACUAUGAAGUAUACAGUGUUCAUGCUAGGAACAUAACAGUAUGUGUAGACGUGCUCUGAGACUAUCACAGAGGGGCUUUUAGAUAUUUUCAUCUUAUUUCUAUGUAAUGAAGUAUUUAGUGCAACCAUUCUUGCAUUUCAUUGCCAUUAGCACAGAAUGGCUGUUUUUUAACCUUCUUCAAAUUCCAGGGUUGAAAUGACAUUUAAUGAAUCAUUUUCUGAUAUUAGCGUUUGAUUCUAAAUGUCAGCUUUGGUGUAAAAGUAGAGAGAGUUUAGUUUCUUGAACUGUUAGACAAACUUUCUCUAGUCAAGGAUGUUUAUGUAUUAGAAGUAUUAGAAGUGAGUAUUGCUUUGCUGUAGAACCUGUAUACUUAUGUGCAACUGUUGGAUAUUUCCUCUCAUGAUUAUAUUUUUAAUGGAUGCACUGGAAUUAGACAUCACAGAUUAUCUUAACUGUCAGUGUUUAUAUUGUGAAAGCUAAAAAACAAUUAAAACUGUUCUGUAGAUUGAAUAGACGUUGGGAGAAAGAUAUCUCAAUUUUUUUUUUACUCCCCACAUGAUGAGCAAGAUUUAUUAUCUAAGAUAUGUAUUUAAUGAUGAAUAAGCCUGUCGCCCAUUAUGCAGUUGUAAAGAUUUAACUUUUGUUUGGUAAGAAUAUAACACAAAAGCCUUACAAAGACAGAAAUGAAAAACUACUAUGCUAAUUUUCUGCAGGUACUUGCAAAGGUUGGAGACUCAAGCACUGUUACAUAAUCUCUUCAGCAGACAACCUAUAGACGCCCUAUUAUGAAAUAUACUGGAUAUUUCAUAUCUAUAUUUCAUAUAUACUGUGCUUUUGAAUCAGGAUAAAAAUUAAAAAAGAGGCUGUUGUAUAUUGACUGUUGCAUAAAGACAAUUUGUUUUGUAUUUUUGCUGACUUUUGUUUUUUUUUUCUAGUCAUAAGAAACAAAACGUAAUUUUAACCUGGCCAGUUUGCUUAUAAUACCCGAGUAAUGUUUUGUUUCCAGCAUCUGAACAUUACAGAUGUUACAGAAGGCGCAGCUAUUUGUAAUUUUUAUGAGUUUGGCUUUCGGUCUCAUCCACGUCCAGCUAUUUCUAGAUGUACAAAAGAGCUUGUUUUGCUGCUUGAUAUUGCAAAUUGGUGUGUCUUACCAUAUUAUUUUAAUGUAAGACACACCAGUUUGCAAUAUCAAGCGGCAAAACAAGCUGUUUUCUACAGCUAAAAAGAGCUGGAAGCUGGAAGCCUUGCAAAUGCCCAUGCCCGCUCUUACGGGAAAAAUAGGGUGGUGUUUUAAUGCAGUGAAAAAUAGAGUGUGAAACAAAGAGGAAACUGACAACAUGCCAACAGACAAGACAGAGCAGGUUACUUCUGGUAUGAAGCAAGGUCUCCGCUUUAAAAU